CCUUCGAUAUGGAGUUUACUGGCUUAUAUUCAGCUUCCCCACAAAAUGACAAGCUCAGCCUGUUUGAUUCCCCUGUGGAGCGGUACCUGAAGGCCAAGCAGAGUGUGCAGCACUUCACCGUUACUCAGCUUGGGCUGGCAAUAUUCUCAAAUGAAAGUUCAAACAAGUAUGUGGUGCAUUCAUACAACUUCUUUCUCUUUCCCUCAACAUGGGGAGUUACAGAUGUCGAAUUUACCCUCUCUGCAUCUAGCAUUCAGUUCCUGUCUCAUUAUGGCUUUGACUAUAAUAAGUUCCUCAAAGAUGGAAUUCCGUAUAUGAAUGAGGCACAAGAGAAGAUCCUUAACCAGCAUCUCUUAGAGGGUAGCAGGAAAGUGAGCAGUGCUGUGGACAGGGAUGUGCUGAAGAAAGCUAUUGAUGAAGUGACCUGUUGGAUAGCUGCAGCAGAGGAAGAAGAGACUAUGAUUCUGCAGGAUCUGAGUGGCUAUCAGAUGCUUGAAGUUCAGCUGCUUCUGAGACAGGCUCUCCAAAAUGCUUGGACACAGCCUCUUGGAAUAAAGAAGGUAAUGGUGAAAAAAGUGAGUCCCCAGCGUCGUCAGCUUCUGGAGAACUCUCCUUUUGACUGCUGCCAGAAGGAGCUCAUUCUCCUGUCUGCCAGGGGCUUCACCAACCUCUUCCAGAUACUUGUUCAAGCCAAGAAGCCUCUGGUGGGACACAACAUGCUCAUGGACCUUAUGCAUCUUCAUGACAAGUUCUACAAGCCCCUUCCAGAAAGCUAUGAGGAGUUUAAAAGGAACAUUCACAACCUGUUUCCUGUCCUAUUAGACACCAAGACUGUAACAAAAUCCAUAUGGAAGAAAUGUCAGUUUCCUUGGGUAUCUAGUCUUACGGAGGUGUAUGCAGUUUUGUGCAGCAGCAACCUAAAUCCCAAGGAUUCACUGUGCCCUGAGAUAGCUCUUGCAACUGACUGCUCAAGAUACGCUGAGAAGAAAUCACCUCACGAGGCAGGCUAUGAUGCAUUUCUCUGUGGUUCAGUUCUUCUGAAGUCAGCCCAUUUGCUACUGUGCACAUCCACAGACGGUGCAGUGGAGGCUGAUCCCUCUUUCCCUCAGUAUCUCUCCGUGUUAGCCAAGUACCUGAACAAAGUGAAUUUCAUCCGAGGCGGUGUUUCAAGCAUUAAUUUUUCCGGGGAAGAUGUUCCCUGCCACCAUCCCCCUCUCCUGGUUGUCCAUGUCCGAGGCUGUCCAGGGCUGAACGAAAGGCAGAUUUACCAGGAGUUCAAAGCUCUUUGUCGCUUUGAUGUCAGGCGGCUUUCAAAGAACCAGUUUCUUCUGCUUUCUGAUAAAUUUAAGCAAGUCAGGCUUGUUCUGCGAGGUUAUAAACAUCACCCUCACCUGCGGAUUUCCGUCUAUCGCCACUGGAGGCACUCUCCGGGCGUGAACUGCCUGCUGCAAGUCUCUGGUGUUGUGGCACUGUGGUCUCUCUUGGCCUUUGUACUUGGAGGAGCUCCUCGCUGCUGGUUCUAAAGCCUUACAGAUGUGACAUGAGGAACU